CGCAUUAUACAUUUGACCGUGAUAAAGUGAACUCGCUUGUUGACGUUUUAAAGAAAUCCCAAAAAUGGUGCUUACUUUGUACAAAAUCGACGCAAGCCCUCCAGUAAGGGCUGUAUACAUGACCAUUGAGGCACUGAACCUUCCCGAUGUCGAGUAUAUUGAUGUAAACCUUCUUGAAGGGGAACACUUGAAGGAACAAUUUGUUCAGAUGAACCCGCAACAUACUGUUCCGACACUCAAAGAUGACGAUUUCGUGAUCUGGGACAGUCACGCCAUAUGUGGCUAUUUGGUGACGCAAUACGGUGAUAACGACGCUCUUUACCCAAACGAUCCGAAGAAGAGAGCUCUGGUCGAUCAGAAAUUGCACUUUGACAGCGGCAUUCUGUUUCCAAGUCUGCGAGGUACUGUGGAGCCAGUAUUCUUCUGGGGCGAAAAGCAACUUCGCACGGAGAAUCUGGAGAAGAUCGAGAAAGGUUACAAGUUCGCUGAGAGCUUCCUCACGACACCCUGGCUGGCUGGUGACCACGUGACCCUGGCUGAUAUCUGCUGUGUGGCUACCAUCAGCUCAAUGCAUGAGGUUCUGCCUAUUGAUGAAAAUAAAUAUCCCAAGUUAUCAGCUUGGUUGGCCAGAUGCAGCAAGGAGAACUUCUACAAAAAAGGCAACGAGGGUGGCCUUUUGCAAUUCCGACAACUUCUCAAAAGCAAACUCUCUUAAGAUGUUUAUAUUUUUGUCCAUCAUAAAGUUGAUGAAGUCAAUGGGAAAUUAUGUAUUUGUAAAUUUGUUCAAUUCACACUUUUUUUUAACUUAAAAUAUUUUAUGUUAUGCAAUUAGCAUGGUAAU